UACACCAUAGAUAGUUUUUAGAGAAUGCACAUUGCGAUGGCCGGUGGAAAUAUGAAGAAUUUAUGUGAUGAUAUGUUAAUUAACAUACUUUUGCGAAUUCCUGUGAAAUCUCUCAUAAGAUUCAAAUGCAUUUCCAAAAUUUUAUACGAUCUCAUACAAUCAUCUAUCUUCAUUAAUCUUCAUAGAAACCGCAGCAUCAUAAAAGAUGAACUACUUCUCUUGAAACGUUCCAUUAAAGUAGCACCAUUAGAAUAUAAUAAUGUCUUGUCUUUCCUUUCCGGUCAUGAUGAUAAUAUUAAUGAUCUUAAGCCUGUUUAUCCAGAUCUAUAUAUACCACGUUUAACUUCCAGGCAUGGUCAUCGUUGUUAUGAAACUAUUGGUCCUUGUAAUGGUUUGAUUGUUUUAACAGAUUUCGAUGCCAUUGUCCUAUUUAAUCCUGCCACAAGAAAUUACAGGGCACUUCCACUGAGCCCUUUCAAACGUAAAGUACGUUUUCAUCGUUCCAUGAGAGGUGGUCUUGGAUUUGGCUAUGACUGGAUAGCUAAUGACUACAAGUUUGUUAAGCUUUCAGAAAUUUUCAGGGAUCCUCCGCAAUGGCAUCCAAACGAGGACAGGGAGAAAACAGUUGAAAUUUAUGAUUUAAACAUAGGUUCAUGGAGAGUAUUCGAUUAUGAUUGUGAAGAAUUCCCCAGUGUUCAUUGGCUCCCUUGUUUCGAGAUAUUUUACAAGGGAGCCUAUCAUUGGUCUGCAUAUGCUGAAACACCGAUAAUUCUCUGUUUUGAUAUGACUAGUGAAACUUUUCGCGAUAUUAAGAUGCCACAUACUUGUCAUCCCUAUGAUGCAAAAAUUUAUAGCCUUGUAAUCCUUAAUGAGUCUCUGACAUUGAUUUGUUAUGCUGGUAAACAGACAGUGCCUGAUCCCAUUAGAGAUUUGACAGAUAUUUGGGUAUUGAAAGAAUAUGGUGUAUAUGAAUCUUGGAUUAAGAAAUACACAAUUAAGCCUCUUUAUAUUGAAGCCACAAUACUACUUUUGAAGGAUCAUUUGUUGCUUCUUCAAAGCUUUAGUGGAAAAGUUAUGUCCAAUGAUCUAAAUUCAGAUAAAUUGGAGGAAGUCCAUUUUUUUAGUAGUGCUCAUAGUUUUACAAUGAUUAUUUACAAGGAAUGCUUGACUCCUGUUCCAAAAAUGGAAGACACAGUAGAAGACAACUCCAUGGUUUUGGAGAAGUGGAGGAAAUCACAAGAUUGAUUUGGUGAUCAAGGAAUGCAGAUGCCACACAAAAAAAAGUAUUUUAGAAAGAACAACCAAGUCGAUUGUUUGCAUAAUGGAAAUUACUAAACAUGUUUAACUGGUACAUGUUUUUCUUUACGCAAAUUUUUACAUUUUUUUCUUUUUAGUUUAUUUUACAAGGAUAAACAAUUAAAAAUGCAGUUUCGAAUAGGCGGACACGGUCUAUAUCAAAAAAUGUCAUCCGACACUGCUUCAUCAACAUUAGUCUACUUUUUUGCAGGAAAGAAAUAGUUCAAGAUAAAUAAAAAAAUAGUUAUAGAAAGAAUCUAAAUGAGUCUUCCUAAAUAGUGCCUAGUCUAUUUUGAUUGGGUUACAAACAUUUCCGCAGCCAUGAUUCUAACUUGUGUAUACUGAUGCGAUAGCCUUUGUGUUUGAAACAAGAAA